CUUAUGCAAAAAGUCUCUUAAAGACAAUGGUGUAUAGCUUGUACAGAUGGUCCGAGUUGGUGGAGAUAAUGGUCCGACUUGGUCAUAUAAAUGGGCCGAGUUGGCGUUUGAAAUGGGCCGAGAUGGCCCGACACCGCACCACCUACAGUGUCCCUGAAAGGCACACCCGUCCCCUACACCCGGACACACACCCUCCUGGGGCUGAGAAUGGAGGGAUCUCGCCUAACCUGGGCCAGUCAGGUGGCACACCUGAGCACCUCCUGCAAUAAACAACUUGACAUAAUGAAAAGGAUUACCGGCACUAGAUGGGGGGCUGACCGGGACCUGCUCCUGAAUUACUACAAAACCACCAUCAGAGCAAGAAUAAUGUAUGGCAGCAGCAUAUAUGGGGCAGCAGCUCCCUCUACCCUUUCCAAACUGGAUACAAUCCAGAAUGCUGCCCUGAGGAUAGCAAUGGGGGCAAUGCGGUCCUCCCCUGUUGUCUCCCUCCAUGCAGAGAGUGGCAUCCCCCCUCUAGCUACCCACAGAAAGGAGGUGCUAUGCCAUCAUUACCACCGCAUCAGGAGCCUGCCACCCACCCACCCUCUCUCCAAGCAGCACAGCACCUCAGGGGUGGACCAGGAUGCUCCAGUCUGGCUCCCUGGAGCCCGCCAACCCCUUCUAGUAAGGGCACUAUUGGUGCACCUCACCCUCCACCUCACUCCACCACCACCACAACCUAUCAGGCCACACUCCCCCAUCCCACCCUGGCUGGACAUAUCCCACAUGGUGUCCCUGCACAUCCCUGGCCUCCCUCCUAAACCAUCCUCCAGCAUUGUGGCGGCCACACACUUCCUCCAACUCGACAGGACACUCUACCACCACCACCUGAAGAUCUACACGGAUGGGUCACACUCCCCAUCGCCACCCUCCACGGCAUCAGCCAUUUACGACCCCAGAACCAGCACCUGCAGGACGUGGAGACUCCCCCCUGAGACAGACGUCCUGACGGCCGAGCUGUACGCCCUGCACCAGGCCCUCGCACACCUCCACACCACCCAUGCCAGGGGUAAGGGCCGUAAGGCAGUCAUCUAUACAGACUCCCUCUCGUCACUUCACCUCCUCCUCUCCCGCCACCCAACAUCCUCGACGGCCCUGGCCCACACCACCCAGCGAGCCCUUCUCCUCCUAACAUCUGAGGGGUGGGAGGUCACCCUGCAGUGGGUGCCCUCACACUCAGGCAUAAAGGGCAACAACAUAGCAGACGCCGCCGCCAAGAUGGCCCUGGCGGACGUAAACAUCACGCCGCUCCCCCUGCCACUCUCCACGGCCAAACGCCUUAUUUCCUGCACCUGCCGCGCCUCCUGGGACGACACGCUCGCCCACACCCUCCGCAUCACCUCCAUGGGUCAAUACCGCACCAACUCCUCCCCACAGCCGUGGGUACGGAAAACGUCCCGCGUCCUAGACGUGGCCUUGACGCGCCUUCGCCUGGGCCACACACGCCUCGGCGCUCACCUCCACCGCUUGCGCCUCGUCCCCGACCCUCACUGCCCCUGGUGCAGGACCGCUGAGGACACCAUUGAGCACCUGCUGCUGCACUGCCCCCGCCACCACUCCCAGCGAGUGCUGCUCCGGCACCAACUCCGCGCCCUGGACGUGCCCACCUUUGACCUGCCCACGCUGCUGGCGGCGGCAGGCGUCCACCCCUCACGACAGGAAGCAGUCCUCCGCCUCACCUGCGCCUUCCUUAGGAAGACGAGGCAGCUGACGCGCCUGUGAAGCCCUCGCAGGACGACACCAGGGCUCAUGUGAGCGACUAGAUCGCCGCGGCCCUAAACAACAACAACAACAACAAAGGCUGGGAGAAAUCUCGAGCCACCUGUGACCUGUGACAUCAAGAUUACGAUCAAGAUCUGCUGACUCCUGCUGGUAGUGACUCCUGCUGCUGGUGCUGUUGGUGGUGCCGCCGUCACAGUCAGCACUCCACACAGCAGCCUCCGUCCAGUGGUGACCCCAAGACUCCGUGCCCGGGCCGAGUUUCCACCGGUCUGAUCUUUCUCCACCUGUCAUGAUCCCAGCGGUGGUCAGUGUGCUUAGCUAGGAACCCGCGGGCCAGUCAGCACCCGCCUGGCCCAGCCUUUCGGCCUUUCAUUUGAGCUGUCUGUGAAUGGCUACCUGCGACACCUUGGAAAAGUAAACUGUGGUAACCCGGACUUCACACUGCCGUUACUUUGCUUCUACCCACCCCAGGCUCCAGGGUCAGCGUGGACAAGGCUUUCUUAGUUGUGGGCAUUUCCGGUAGUAGUUUUAUGACCCUGGUGGUAGUUUGACCCUUCUUCUGUACCAUGAACCUGAAGAAACACUCAUUGGAACUCGUGACCCCCUCUUUGACCUUUAGAAAUAGCUCAUGUGAGAAGCAAAAGUGUCUUAUAAUACUGACCUUUAUCUUUGCUCACCAUUCUGUCGUCAUUGUUCAGCAUCUUCUGAGUGUCCACAUACUUCAGAACUAAUGGACGUAUUCUCAACGCUUCCAGCUCUCACCGCCACCGCUUCCCAGGGCCACAAGGGAGAUAGGUCAGGUUCCCAUGAGUGUUUCCACGUUCAUGGUGCAGAAGCCUUGUCGAGCUAUCACUGUAUGGGCGGUUUCCUUCCGUCUGUACACUCGCGAACGUAGAUGUGGCACCUGUGCAUUGCUAGUUCAUGAUUGCGUCAAGAUCAACUUUUUAUUUUUAGUGAUAUAUUUGAGUGAUUGUGUUUACAAAGAACCAUCAAGCUCUCUUAUAUAAACAGCAAACAUGCCAAUUUGCAUUGAUAAUAUACCCUACAAGCACACGAGAGACAUGCAUGUAUCAAGCAGAAUUGUCAGGUCAUACCCAAACGAUCUAUGGCCUUUCAAAUACCUAUCAUUCGUCUCAUUUCAGGUAUACAAAAAGACAUCUGGUCCUGCAGUGCCUGUACAUGAGAACUUUGAUAUUUGUUGCAUGCAAAUAAGCCGGGUAAUAUUGGAAAUAGCCUACCGGUGGCAUCACACUCAACAGUUGUUGUUUACUAUUUCAUGUUGUGUUAAAUAUAAAUCAUUAUUGACAUUCAGUGAGUUAUCAAAAACCUUUAUUUGCACUUUCAGAGCCAGAUUCCUUUUAAUGUACGUACUUGAAAUGAGAUGAAUUAUAGGCAUUUGAAAAGUCAUAGAUUGUUCAAGUAUGAUCUGACUACACUGUUGGAUACAAGCUUGUCUUUUCUCGUGCUUGUGUGGUGUACUAUCGAUGCAAAUCGCCAUGUUUGGGAUGUAUUAGGACAGGUUUUUUUGCAUACAUAAACAUUCAAAUAUAUUAUUGAAAAAUCAGCUUGAAUAUCUUGACAACAGUUGAUUUUCACAAAUUCACGAACUAGAAAUGUGCAGGUGCCACAUAUAUCAAAAUUCUUGCUUUGUUGGACAGAUGAAGUGAAGCCGAGUAUGGGGUCACACCACCACCCUUGGAAACACCCUCGACAGCCUUCCCCAAAGCCUUGCCAAGUGUAGGUGUGUGAGGGAAGAAAUGUGUGACACUACGGGCCUUGUGUUCACUUAUAUUCCUAAUUCCUGUCUGUCCUUACGAGCAGGUCAGGGAAGUAACCCG